CUCGGCGCCCCUUCUCUUUCAGCCUCCGGGACUUGAGAGGCUCCGCCGACCUGCUGACUGAAAACCGAUAUGGCGGCCACUCUGGGCAGCGGGGAGCGCUGGACCCAAGGGGGAAUUUGACAGACGCGGGUCCCCGAGCUCACAGAACUGUCAAUCCACUGAGAGAGUUUGAGCGGUUAACAGCCUUUUACAAAACACAGCCACUUACUUUGAUGCGAUUAGAAGAAACAAAUACCCAGAAGACAGACGACCUGGCAGCCAUGAUCCCUGUGGUUGCUGUAACUGCAUGAAGACACAAAAGGAAAAAAAGGCUGAGAAUGAGUGGAAUCAGACCCGACAGGGAGAGGGGAGCUCCACUUAUACAGAGGAACAGCUGCUUGGGGUACAAAGAAUCAAGAAGUGCAGAAAUUACUAUGAAAUUCUGGGUGUUUCUCGCAAUGCCAGUGAUGAAGAACUUAAGAAAGCUUACAGGAAGCUUGCCCUGAAGUUUCACCCUGACAAGAACUGUGCUCCUGGAGCAACAGACGCCUUCAAAGCAAUAGGAAAUGCCUUUGCAGUCCUGAGCAAUCCUGACAAGAGACUCCGCUAUGAUGAGUAUGGAGAUGAGCAGGUGACUUUCACCGCACCUCGAGCCAGAUCUUACCAUUAUUACAGGGAUUUUGAAGCUGACAUCUCUCCAGAAGAACUAUUCAAUGUGUUCUUUGGAGGACAUUUUCCUUCAGGAAAUAUUCACAUGUUCUCAAAUGUGACAGAUGACAGUCACUAUUUUCGCAGGCGACACCGCCAUGAGAGGACACAGACACACAAGAGAGAGGAAGAAGAUAAAACUCAGACUCCAUAUUCCGCAUUUGUUCAGCUGCUUCCAGUUCUGGUGAUUGUGCUUAUUUCUGUCAUUACUCAGCUGCUGGCUGCUAACCCCCCAUAUAGUCUAUUCUAUAAAUCAACCUUGGGCUAUACCAUCUCUAGAGAAACACAGAACCUGCAGGUGCCUUACUUCGUGGAUAAAAACUUUGACAAGGCCUACAGAGGAGCUGCUCUUCGUGACCUGGAGAAAACAAUAGAGAAAGAUUAUAUUGAUUACAUCCAGACAAGCUGUUGGAAGGAGAAACAGCAAAAGUCGGAGCUGACCAAUUUGGCGGGGCUCUAUAGAGAUGAGCGACUGCGGCAGAAAGCAGAGUCAAUGAAACUUGAAAACUGUGACAAACUUUCCAAGCUAAUUGGCCUCCGGAGGGGUGGCUGAGAGGACGAUGGCCCGGCUCAGGAUGGGGUUUCUUACUUGUUACUAUUUACAUUGCAAAUUCCAUUUUAUAAUACAAGUUAGGAAAUGAUGAACACUUACCAUCUGCUAACUUUGUUGGGCAGAGCUGCAGGACAUGGAGCCACAUUGUCACCAAUUCCAUCCAGUUCUUCCAGGCCUGGCUCCCAGGGCAGGGACAGUUCAUCUAAGUUACAUGAAUGGUGAAGUUUGGACUCGCUCCUCUGUGAACGUAGAUCAGGGCAUCCCAGAGAAGACCCACAUUUCUUCCUUCAUCCUGCCUGCAGCAAAAGCCCACCCGCUGCGCGUUUCUGGGCUCAGCCAAGGCACUUCAGAGUAUUGGUGGCGUCUGCCGAGAAUGACCCCUCUUCCUGCUAGAGUCACCGUCCCCAGUGUUCAGUUUUCCACUCCCUCAGGAGAGUAGAGAAAGUGAACUGUUCAGCCAAUAGUUUGGUGUUGUCCAAGUCUCUGCUGAGGCAGGAGCAUUAGCAAACUGCCUGACUUGUGGUUUCUUUUCUUUCUGAGAGAGGUAGCCCAGGCUAGCCUGGAACUCACUAUAGAGUCCAAGCUGGCCUUGAAUUUGCAAUGAUCCUCCUGCCUAAGUGCUGGGAUUACAGGCCUGAGCUGCCAUACCCAGGGAGGUUCCUUUUAAUUCUUUAGUCAUCUCUUUCAGAGGAUCUAGAAAGUAAAAUGUGUUGAGCAGGCUGGGCAUGGUAGCACACCUUUAAUCCUAGCACUCACACAAGCAGAGGCAGGCCAAUCUAUGAGCGCAAGGCCAGCCUGGGCUACAUAGAAAGUUCCAAAGUUACAUAAUGAGAUCUUGUCUCAAAAAAAAAUACAGAAACAAAAGCCCUGUUGAGCUGUGACACAGCUGAGUGGGGGACAGUCGGACGGCAGGAAGCAGGGCUAAGGAAGAAGAUGGAGUAGUCUUAAGACUGUAGCUCCUCCUUGGCUCAGGCUCCCUGUCCUUUGGAACUAGCGAGCAUUCUCUGUCCUUUCCCUUUAAAUCGGCACGCAGUAUGGUGGGCUGUACAUGGAGCACAAGUAUGCACAGAAGUGCAGUCGGCAAACCCGAGAUGAGGCUCAGGCAUGGAGACACAAAGGGAGGGGCCUGUCCCUGCUCAUGGAGGCUGAUGUUAGCCUUGGCAGUCACUUUGAUUGACUCAGUGUCCUGUGCAUUUUAGUACAAGUGAUCUUUGAUUCAUUCAGUGUUUAUGGAGUGCCUACUCCAAAGCAAUGGCUUUCACAUGUGGUGUGUUUUGCUUUUGUUUUAAGUUUCCUCACAAUUUGUGAAGCUGGUGCAUUACCUCUUUUAUGAGUCAGAACAUGAUAAAUGGUUGGCCUGGGUCAUGUGACUAGGUGAGGAAGUACAAAAUGUGAGCAAUCAUCCUAUUUCUCAGGUGAUUCUAGCCAGGUUGGCAAAGCAGAGAUUUUUCCCUGGGAUGCCUCUGUCCUCAGGACACCUCUGUCCCCGCCCCUCAACCCCCUGGACCAGCUUGCAUCCUUUCCAUGGUAGGUCUGUGUCCCUUCAGGACUGCUUACCCACUGGUCUUUUAGAAGCAGGACCAGGGCUGGAGAGAUGGCUCAGUGGUUAAGAAGAGUACUGGCUGCUCUUCCAGAGGACUCAGGUUCAAUUCUCAACACCCACAUGGCAGAUCCCAACAUCCUGUAACUCCAAUUCCAGAGGAUCCAGCUCCCCCUUCUGGCCUUCACAGGCACUGAAUGCACAUAGUCCACAGACAUACUUGUAGGCAAACUACCCAUAUACAUUUUUUAAAAAGCAGGACCCUUUGAUACAAAACCUUCAGAGGCAGAAAAAGUAGCUCUUUCUAGAACAAAGGCAUUGAUUGCUCUGGCUGUGUGAUUGUGCGAGAUCUGAGUAACUGAGCUGCCCAGAUUAUCAUGAGACUGAAUGAGAGGACCAGUAGGCAAUUGGUUUAUAUUCCGUGUCUUUUUUAUUUUUGGAUAGGGUCUCAUGUAUCCCAGACUGGCCUCAAAGUUGAUAUACAGCCAAAAACUUUGAACUUUUUUUCUUUUUUUUUCUAGACAGAGUUUCUCUGUGUAGCCCUGGCUGUCCUGGAACUCACUCUGUAGACCAGGCUGGCCUCUAACUCAGAGAUCCUCAUGCCUCCACCUCCCAAGUGCUGGGAUUAAAGGUGUGUGCCACCACACCCGACCCCUUUGAUGAUGAUGUUUUGUUUAUUUCAAGACAGGGUUUCUUUGUGUAGCUUUGGCUAUCCUGGAACUUGCUCUGCAGACCAGGCUGGCCCUGAACUCAGAGCCUCUUCCUCCCGUGUGCUGGGAUUAAAGAUGUGCACCACCACUACUGCCUGAAAUCCUCCUGCCUCUACCUCCUGAAUGCUAGAGUCACUCCUGGCUUUUGUGGUACUGGGGAAAGAACCCAAGGCUUUGUGUAUGCUAGCCUACUAAGCUACAUCCCCAGACUUACCUUCUGAAUGCUUUGGUGUUGUUUUUUUUUUUUUUUUUUGAGACAGGGUUUCUCUGUGUAGCUUUGCACCUUUCCUGGAACUCACUCUGUAGACCAGGCUGGCCUUGAACUCACAGAGGUCCGCCUGCCUCUGCCUCUCCAGUGCUGGGAUUAAAGGUGUGUACCACCAAUUGCCUGGCAUCUUCUGAAUUUUUUGAGAACCUCUUUAACCUAUGAGCAACAGGGAAUUUACUUUGUUAAUGUGGUAGGCAUGGUGAAACACACCUUUAAACCCAGCACUCAGGAAGCAGAGGCAGACGGAAUACUGUGAGUUCAAGGCCAGCCUGCUCUACAUGGCAAGUUCAUAGUGAAACCCUGUCUCAAAACAAACAACAGAAAUACCCAUAUGUUGUAAAAUGUACCCAUGAACCGAACAAGCUUAUGGAAAGUUCCUAGACAUGGAAAAAUGCAAAGUGCUCCUCUCCUAGCCUCUGCCUCAGCUAGAAAGUGGACCAUCAUGAAACUGGUGUGGCGGGGUACCACCCCCCCAGAUGCCCUUGAAUAGUGUGUGGAUAUCAUGGCAGUGGUGAAUCAGAGUCAAUCUAACUCAGCUCCAUCAACUGUCACACCAACUGUCUGUCCUUAUAGCCUGGUGGUACUGUUUUGUUUAUUUCUGAUAGGCUACAGUACUCAUAUCUUAUUUCCUCAAAAGAACUAUAUUUGCUUUGAUUGAGGGGUAGUUUAAUCUAUUUGGCACUCUCUAGAAUUGUGUUAAACUCUUAAUUCCUUGCUUAUAAUUUAGAUACGUUGUUCACGUGUUGGUAAAGUAAGCUCUGUACUCUUGCCUAUGUCUUUUAUGAGAUUUCCUGGCAGUGUAAACCCUUUAGAUAUGGCUUUUCUUGCUGUCACUGUGGCUCACAGUUUGAGACUACAGAAUAGAGACUGAUGGGCGUGAGGUUAAGAAACAGGGCUCACACAGGACCAGAAACUGACAUUCACAUGAGGUGCUCUCUUUAGUGGAGAAAAUCCUGCUCCCUGGAAGGAGCAGUAGAGCUUGAAGGGGCCCAUGUCCUCGUUCAUCUGCUCAAGCCAGGAACCAUGUAAGCUUCACUGAUCAGCUCCGGGCCGCACAGCUUGGGAGAAGUGACUGGUAAGCAAAUAGUAUCACUAUGCAUGCUUCUGGGAACUGUUGGAAAUGACGAGAAACGCCAAAGCCUGCUGGAAACAGGAUCCAGCAGGCCGGCCAAGCUGUAGGCCGGCCGAGCUGCAGGCUGUUUUCAUUCCCCUCUUCACUCUCCUCAGAACUAGUGCUGCCAUGAGCCCCUUGAGACCCCCCAUCGUCUCUGCAUGCACUGCCCCUCCCAGGAGCUGGCAUUUACUUUGUAUUCAUUUAAGGUAUUAGAUUGGUGUCCUAAUAAAUUUAUUUGGGAAGGGGCCAAGUUACUCUACAUCGUAAUAUUUGGGCCUGCACUGUUGAUACCUCAUGCAGUGGUCACCAAGUAACUGUGUACACUGAGUCCACGUUUGCAUCACACUCAGUGUUUGGAGGUGGUAGUGUUCUGUGACCAGAGUCAGGAAUGAUGACACUUGUGAAAAUGCUGAAAAAUUUGGUCACCUGAUCCACUGCAUCUAAAAUGAGUGUAUUUUAACAAGUAAACAUUAAACAAUUUUAUAUCCAAAAUGCAA